AUGGAGAUUCGCAACGUCCUACCAGAAGACGUCAAGAACGUAGCCACAAACAACGCGCGGUCGAUCCCAGCUGACGAGAUCGACGCGACCUUCAAAUCACAAUACACCGAUCUCAUAUCCGCGCCUCUUGGUUCAAAAGUCCUUUCCUUUAGCGACGAAUGGUUCGCCGCAGCCGAGAACCUUAUCACGCCGACACCACCGAUUCGCAAACCCGGUGUCUUCGUCCACUCGGGAGCAUGGUACGAUGGCUGGGAGACCCGGCGUCACAAUACCGAACCCUUCGACUGGGUGGUCCUGAGACUAGGUACCGCCAGUGGAAAAGUAGCCGGUGUAGAAAUCGACACUUUUGCAUUCAACGGGAACCACGCCCCUGAAAUCGCUGUCGAAGGUGCAUUCAUCACAGACGAGAAGGAGGAAGAGGAAGUGAAAAAGGCCAGCUACGCAGGCUGGGAAACCAUACUAUCGAAGCAAGAGUGCGGGCCUAGCCAACGGCAUGGCUGGAAACUAGACAGCAUCACAGACAAGGCGUACACGCACGUUAGGCUGCUCAUGUACCCUGACGGCGGUAUCGCGCGCUUUCGGCUUUACGGUGUAGCCGUGCCAGUCUUCCCAGAGUCCUCCGACGCCGUCUUUGAACUCUCGGCCACUGUCAUGGGCGGCGUCGCAACGUCAUGUUCGGACCAACAUUUUGGCACAAAAGACAACUUACUCCUGCCCGGUCGCGGAAAAGACAUGGGCGACGGGUGGGAGACGAAGCGUACGCGCGGCGAGCACGUCGACUGGACAAUUGUGCGCUUAGGCGCAAAGGGCGAAAUCGAUCACAUUGUCAUUGACACUGCGCACUUUAGAGGUAAUUUCCCACAGAAGGUGCAGGUCUUUGCUGGUAGCUUUGAUAAGGAGCCUGCUAGUGAUGACGCGGGGUGGGUUGAGGUGCUGGAGCCGCAGAGGUCCGGGCCGGAUGUGGAGAAGGAGUACAAGGCUGAGCUCAAGGAGGUCAAGGGGAGGGGGUACACGCAUGCCAAAUUGGUCAUCAUCCCGGAUGGUGGUGUGAAGCGGUUUAGGGUGUUUGGAAAGAGGGUUUGA